AGCAGUUAUCCAGUGCACCCUCAUCCCAGUGGAAUGCGUUGAAGUGAGAGUCAUGCAGUUCACCGGGCCUAGUCUGCGUAGAGAUAUUUACACGCCAUUUAACACAUUAAGGACUUUCUAAAUUGUCAUCGCACUACAUUCUGUCUAUUUCCGGGUGAAAUCACAGCUCAGAAGUUCGGGUGUUUGUGGACUGUUGACAAAAUAGCGGUUACGUGUGGAAAGGGAGGGUGUACAAAGCAAACAGGGAAAAAAAAUCGAGCGAUCGCUUGUUUCUCUCAGCCUGCUGAAAGAAGCAGGAAGCGAACUAGAGCUGUUCACCUACACCGUUUCGAAUGAAAGACUGCAGUGGACAUUUGAAGGGGAAGAGAGCUCAGCUUUUGCCUUCUUACUGUGAUUGAAACCUGACCGGUAUUUGGAGUUCAAUCCGAGACGCGGACAGUUAACUUUUAACAGUUCGUUUCCGUGAAUUCUAUAGAACUGGCGUCGGACAUUCCAUUCCAGUUGGAAUAACGUGUUCUAAAGAUGCAGCAUCCUCUUCAUCCCAUCAUGGAGCAGGCUGAGAUAUAAGAGACUGUAGAGACAGCAGGUUCCCAUGGUUUGGCUCCAGCGUGGUCUGUGCCAUGCCUCCCGCCAAGACAGAUCAGCUGGACUUGUGGGUGGAGUCAGGGCUGGAUGGAGACGACCAGGUGAUGGUGGACUUCCUGUUGCCCACAGGAAUAUACAUCCAGAUGGAGGUUCCUCGAGAGAGCACCAUCCAAAACAUCAAACUGCUGUUAUGGAAGGAGGCACAGACAUACCCUCUCUUUUCAUUGCUGGGGGAGAUGGAGGGUCACAUGUUCGAGUGUGUGAACCAGGCAGCAGUGCAUGAAGAGCUGGAGGAUGAAACCAGGCGGCUAUGCGAUGUACGACCAUUCCUGCCUGUCCUCAAACUGAUCACACGCAACUGUGGACGUGCAGAGCGCAUACUAGACUCUAAGAUCGGAGUGCUCAUUGGGAAAGGUCUUCAUGAGUUGGAUGCCCUGCAAGACCAGGAAGUAAAGGACUUUCGUUCCAAAAUGAAGCGAAUCAGCGAGGAGAAAAUGCAGUGUAUGCAGCUGAUGUCAUGGGGGGAGUGGCUUCGGAGCUGUUACUCCAUGACACUGGAGGCAGGGUCACUGGAGAAUUUGAUUGACAAGCAUGAGGGCGUAAUCAAAAUUACCAUGCACUAUGACCAGUCACAGGACACAUCCAGCCUGAAAGUGUCAUUGCAUUGUACAGUAACUGAGCUAAUGGACCUGGCUCUCAAGAAAUGGCAGACCACUCACGUCCCAGAGGAAGACAUUGGUUUCCGAAGUGAUUAUGUGCUGCGUGUCAGUAGAAAACUUGAGUUCCUAUUUGAAGAUCACCAUCUUAAUCAGUGCAAAUACAUUAGGGAUUGUUUGCUGACCAAUGAGAGCCCUCAUCUUACACUGGUUCACUGUGAUGUUGUGAAGGCAAUGUUUGAGAAGGAAAUCAGUACAAUUGGAUCAGUUCUUGCGUGGAAAACUUCAAACCCUCCACUACCGCUGCCCCCAAAGAAGAGACUGCCAACGCAGUUACAUACGUGUGUUUGGAAGGUUCAUUCUCUGUUUAGAAUUCAUCUUGUGAAAGGUAAUAAGGUGAACGCUGAAGAUGCUGCUAAGAUCCAGGUUCGAGCAGGGCUCUUUCAUGGUACAGAGCUGCUGUGUAAGACAGCAGUCAGCAGUGAGAGCAGCAGUCGAUCUGAGCAUGUGUGGAACAAAACACUGGAAUUUGACAUCGCUGUCUGUGACCUGCCACGAAUGGCCCGCCUCUGUUUUGCCAUUUACGCUGUUAUGGACAAAGUGAAGAAACAGAGGUCAACCAAAAACACACACCUGAACAAAUACCAGACUAUCCGCAAGGCAGGGAAAGUGCACUACCCAAUAGCAUGGGUUAACACAAUGGUGUUUGACUACAGAGGGCAGCUGAAGACUGGUGACAUUAUCCUCCACUGCUGGUCCUCUUUCCCUGAUGAGCUGGAAGAGAUGUUGAACCCUAUUGGGACAAUUCAGACCAAUCCAUACACAGAAAAUGCCACAGAACUACAUAUAAGCUUUCCAGAAUACUCAACACAACCUGUUGUAUUUCCUGCUUUUGACAAGAUCUUGGAAAAAGCUGCAGAAAUAGCUGGAGCCAGUGAUUCCAUGACAAUGGGUCGUGGGGGUAAGAAGUUUUACAUAGAGCUAAAAGAGAUCAUGGAGAGGGAUCCUCUCUCUCAGCUUUGUGAGAAUGAGAAAGAUCUGAUUUGGACGCUUCGCCACGACUGCAGAGAAAACUUUCCUCAGUCUCUACCCAAACUGCUGCUGUCUGUCAAAUGGAGCAAACAUGAAGACAUGGCCCAGCUACAGGCUUUGUUGCAGAUUUGGCCUAAACUAAGCCCUCGAGAUGCUCUAGAACUUCUGGAUUUCAACUACCCUGACCAAUAUGUCAGAGAAUUUGCAGUCAACUGCCUUAGAGAUAUGAGCGAUGAUGAGCUGUUGCAGUAUUUACUGCAGCUCGUACAGGUGUUGCGCUAUGAGCCAUACUAUGACUGUGCCCUUAGCCGUUUCCUCCUGGAGCGUGCUCAGUCCAGCCGCAAGAUUGGCCAUUUCCUCUUCUGGCAUCUUAGGUCUGAAAUGUAUAUGCCAGCUGUGUCAGUUCAUUUUGCUCUAAUUUUGGAAGCAUACUGCAGAGGCUGCAUCCCACACAUAGAAGUUCUCAAAAAACAGGUUGAAGCUCUCAGUAAGCUGAAAGCAGUAAAUGAGCUGAUUAAAUUUGGCACAAUAAAAACUAAGACAAAACAAGCUCAUCUUAAAGAGGCCAUGAUGACCUGCCUUAGACAGACAGGAUUCAUUGAGACUCUUUCUGACCUGCAUUCACCUCUAAACCCCAACAUAUUGCUCGCUGGAGUAAAUGUGGAGAGGUGUAAGUACAUGGAUUCUAAAAUGAAACCUCUGUGGAUUGUUUACAAUAACAAGCUAUUGGGAGGAAACACAGUGGACAUCAUCUUCAAAAAUGGAGAUGACCUGCGACAAGACAUGUUGACUCUACAGAUCUUGAGGUUGAUGGAUCUGCUGUGGAAGGAGGCUAACCUGGACCUCAGAAUUGUGCCUUAUGGUUGCUUGGCGACAGGAGAUCACUCUGGUCUGAUUGAGGUUGUGUCAUCAGCUGAUACCAUUGCGAACAUCCAAAAAACAAGCAGUAACAUGGCCGCUGCUGCUGCCUUCAAUAAAGAUGCUUUACUGAACUGGCUUAAAGACAAGAACUCUGGAGAUGCUUUAGACAAAGCCAUUGAGGAGUUCACUUUAUCGUGUGCUGGAUAUUGUGUUGCAACCUACGUCUUGGGCAUUGGUGAUCGGCAUAGUGACAACAUAAUGGUUCGCAGUACAGGGCAGCUCUUCCACAUAGACUUUGGCCAUAUACUAGGAAACUUUAAGUCCAAGUUUGGGAUCAAGCGUGAACGUGUUCCUUUCAUCCUCACACAUGACUUCAUCCAUGUGAUUCAACAGGGAAAAACAAGCAACACUGAGAAAUUUGGAAAUUUUAGGCAAUACUGUGAGGAGGCAUAUCUGAUUCUGAGAAAGAAUGGAAAUCUGUUCAUCACACUCUUUGCUCUGAUGCUCACAGCAGGCCUGCCAGAGCUUACAUCUGUCAAAGACAUCCAGUAUUUAAAGGACUCUCUGGCAUUGGGUAAAACUGAUGAGGAGGCCCUCAAACAGUUCCGGCAGAAGUUUGAUGAAGCUCUGCGAGAGAGUUGGACCACCAAAGUCAACUGGAUGGCCCACAUUGUGGCUCAUCCUUCAUGAUCAGAGGAAAACACAACAUCAGGCUCCAAACUGAAGUCAGGGUUCACCAUAAAGCACCAUAAAGUGCAGCAAAACUGUUUACUAAAAUGAAAUACAACUUAUUAUCUUAUGAAAUUGAUGGCCAAAUCACAUGGAUCUAAAUGAUCUUCAAAGGUCAGGAGUCUCCAGGAAUAAUUGAAAAAAAAUUCUAAGCUUCUACGCUUUUUUUAUUGUAGAAUAUCAACUGCCUCUGACCACAGGAGAACCAUACAAAACCCUGACUUUACAUCAGAUUUAAUUGCCUUAUACAAGCAACAAAAGAGAACAUUUCAGCUUUUUCUUCCUCCACUGAAAAAUUCAUAAACAAUAAAUAACUCCAGCAUGUCCUUCUAGAGAGAAACAGGAGUCCCUAAACCACGACACGGCACGGCAAGUUUUGGCCAUCCAGAAACAAGGUGUUUAUUAUACAACCAUGUUAAUGUAUUUAAUAGAAUGACUUUUGAAAAUGGACAAAUCAAAGCACAAGCUCAGUGAAAGUGCAUCUUAUACCAGAAGGUAAACGUGCCUCACUGCACAAGAAACGUUUUCCUUUUUAAUUUUUUUUUUAUUUAAUUUUUUUUUUUUUUAACUAUGUGCUACGUUAUUAUGAGUAAUAGUCUUAAAAACACUGGAAUCAUGUCAAAGGUAUAAAUAUUUUAUGAGUUUUAAAUGUUGUAAUAGUAAAGCACUGUUCCUAUAUACCAUAGUACUAUUUAUGUAUAGCAGAAUUUGCUGUAAUUAAAAAAAAAAAAAAAAAAAGUGGGGUGGCUUCAUACACAGAUAUCCAUUGAAGGACCUUCCUCAACAUCCCUCCUCCCCUCUCUGUGUUGAGCAAAGCUCAUGUAGUUUGUUCUUUGGUGCUAGCCAUAAAAUAUAUCCCACAUCUAUACAUAAGCACAGCAUUGUAGCCAAACACGUUGCUCAUUUUUGGUGCCUGUUAUUCUAAGAGUAAUUCACAAAUUCAUAAGGGCUUACUAUAUGCCUGCAUAUCAAAACUCCCAAUUACAAAUGCCUAUACACCUAUCUGCACAAAAGACUCAGAGGACCAAAAAGGGGAGGUUAAACUGUUAUGACAACCACUGUCUGCCUAUAUUGUAAAGCACAGGGAGUAAUUACCAAUGUUUUUUACUACACAUAACAUGCUGUCUCUUGUGCUGUUUCUUGUUUUGGCUGUGUGAAUAGAGAUGUAUAGAUGCACUGAGCAUGUAAUUUUUACACUGAAUAUCCCUAUGUGUGGAUGGGAAGAAAAACUGUGUGCUGUGAAAUAAUGAGAUGAUAAAGAGCAAUGCAAAGAUUCUACGACAAACAUUCCAGAGAAUUAUGCGUUCAUUUCCUGUGCUGUUAUGGUACAUGAGAGAAUAAGUUCUGUGUCUAUCAAAUAAAUUUCAUUUUAUACUAGAA